ACUGGGUACACGUGAGGUCACCGUCAGUGUGCAGUUGUGGCGACAACAUGGAGGUUUUAAGGAAAGGUUUGACAGGAGUUAGCUCCCUUGUACAAAGGAGCCUUGUGAUUGGACGCGGAACUGCUUCCUUGUCUGCUACCAGAGAGCUGCUGGAGCAAGAGCUGGAAGGUAUCCGAGAUGCAGGCACGUUUAAAUCAGAGCGAGUCAUCACUUCUCGACAGGGAUCUUCCAUCAGGGUUCAAGGCCAGUCAAGUAAUAUCCUCAACUUCUGUGCCAAUAAUUACUUAGGUUUGUCGGGUCACCCAGAGGUCAUUGAAGCGGGCAAGAAAGCUCUAGAGACGCAUGGCGCUGGUCUCAGCUCUGUUCGGUUCAUCUGUGGAACGCAGGACAUCCACAAGGACCUUGAAGCUAAGAUUGCAAAGUUCCAUGGCAAGGAAGAUGCCAUUUUGUACAUCAGCUGUUUUGAUGCCAAUGCUGGCAUCUUUGAAGUGUUACUGUCCCCUGAAGAUGCCGCCAUUUCAGAUGAACUGAAUCACGCCUCCAUCAUCGACGGCAUCCGUCUGUGUAAGGCACAGAGACAUCGCUACAAGCACAGGGACCUCAAGGACCUUGAGAGCCAGCUUCAAGCCACCCAGAAGCUUCGGCAACGGCUCAUCAUCACUGACGGCGUCUUCAGCAUGGACGGAAAUGUCGCACCCCUACCAGAUAUCUGUGACCUUGCUGACAAGUUCAAGGCCAUGGUGUUUGUAGAUGAAUGCCAUGCUACUGGCUUCUUUGGCAAGACUGGCAGAGGCACAGAGGAGUAUUUCAACCUGAACAACCGAGUGGACAUAAUCAACUCCACCCUGGGCAAAGCUCUAGGAGGAGCAGCUGGUGGUUACACCACAGGGCCGAAGCAGUUGAUCGACCUCCUGCGCCAGAGGUCACGCCCCUAUCUGUUCUCCAACACUCUGCCCCCACCAGUAGUGGCCUGUGCUAGCAAGGCUUUGGAUCUGAUCAUGGCUAACACUGACCUCCCCCAGAAAGUGCUGACCAACACCAGCAGGUUCCGCACCAGGAUGAUGGACGCAGGAUUCAACGUAGCAGGAGAUCCGGAACAUCCUAUCUGCCCGGUGAUGCUCGGUGAUGCCCGACUGGCAAGUACAUUCGCUGAUCAGAUGCUUGAUCGAGGAAUCUACGUUAUUGGGUUCAGCUUCCCAGUAGUACCCAAAGGAAAAGCAAGGAUCCGGGUGCAGAUUUCAGCUUCACACAGCGAGCAGGACAUUGACAGAGCAGUAGAUGCCUUCAUCGAAAUCGGCAGAAAACUCAACGUUGUUCAGUAAAAAUCAAACACACAUAUCUCAUGAGGAUGAGUCAUUAAAUAUUUUGUGAUUUAUGAUUCUUAAUACAGUAGAACACGGAUAUAACGAACAUGGAUAGAGCGAACAAACUGAUACAACGAACUGUUACAAAAUCCCUGAUUUAUCUCCUUUUUAUUAUCAUAUAAAUUUACGUACAUAAGAAACUCUCUACAGAACUAACGCAUAUAGCGAACAGAUAUCUAAUCCCCGACAAGCCCAAAUACCACUAAUUAGUUUUGUGUACAGCGAACUGAGAAAUCUCACUCAAUGUCAAGUGUCACUGACAACUGGCUGUACGCCAUCAGCGGCGAAUCAACACAAUCAGCGGUGACAAUUCAACCUCAUUAAACUUGCUUAAUGUUAAUCUUACCUGUACAUGUAAUUGGACUAAUCAUGUCUGUAAAACAAAUUACGUGUAUUGUCUUUUGUUUUAUCAAAGACAUUUCUGAGCGAAAAAUGUAUUUAACAAACGACGUAUAUAACGAACUGAUUUCUCCGGUCCCUUGUAAUUAUUUCUUAUAUCCAAGUUCUACUGCAUAGCAUUCUAUUCACAUAUAAAAUAUAAUUUCAUAUGUUAUAACCAAAACAUCACAGCUUUGUAGACACUUUGCUCCUCCGUCGCCUGUGUAAGACUCUCGUAAGUCAAAUGCAUUUAAGAACUUAAUGCAAACCCUACCGUUACGUGACAUUGAAGAAAUGUGUAGAGUAGAGGCCGCAAGGCUAAGGCACAUGUUGCAUGAGAAAUAUUGCCGAUGUAAUCUCAUUUCAUUGGUCUGAAACCUUGCUGGCUUCCUCUCACUUCAACCAGGCUGUGGCUUGACUCGUUAGGCUUAAAAAAUAAAAUAUUUGGUUCUCAGGCAAUGGCUUUUGAAAAUAUGGUGCUGGCGGGCGGUGUCUUUUUUCUUUAUUGUUUUUUGGUUGUGCAAACUGGUUACAAACGAAAUAAAGAGUUGUGUACAAUCAACCUGGGAAAGCCUACAUUAAAGUAUUCUUUGAUGAGUUAAAUACUAGAAUACAGUAUUUGACGACCAUUGGACUUGGAAUAUUUAAGGAUUUUGUAUAUUUAAAAAAAAAUAAUAGAAAUAAAAAGGAAACGUGCAACAAACUUUAUGAUGAUGCGGGCCAUGCCUUUUUUUUUUAGCCUUUGUUAAAAAUAGUGAGUUCACCGAUUUGCAGACACAUGUAGUCAUUGGUGAAGGAGGAACUUAGUGGAUACAGAUCUAUGAAGUAUUGAUGAUGCAGAUGUGUUUGGAAACUGGAAACUUGUAUUUCUAUUUCUACAAUUUUUCUAAAAACAAAUCUUGAAAAUUUUACAAAAAUUUGUGUAUUUAUAUUACUUAUCCUAUCUAACACUUUGCCGAAACAAAGGUUUCCGGUUUGUAAAAAAAACCAAUUCACCCAAACACACCCAGCAUCAACAUGACCAUGCAUGCUUUUCUUGCUAAUUAAGUUACACGCCCUGAACAUGUGAUUUACCCAGCCAAUUCAGUCUCUUUCUAAUCGCCAUUGUGUGGUGACGUGUUAAAAACACCUAGGAAAUCCAUUUGUUUUUUUCUCUUUUUUCCAUUUUCCACUUCAAUUUUCCAGUCUUCGUCUUCUUGGUUUUUUUGGGGGGUUUUCAUCAUGGAUAAACAGUAUGAGAUAGGAUAAGUUUAAAAAUUAAGAUGUUCCUAUAAGAAAGUGAUCCUAUGUUGACGUGAUACAAUGAACUUCAGUGGCAUCAGGGUAUUGAGAUUAUAUAUUUUGGAAGCCUAAUUUGCUGUAGAAUCUCAGUUUACAAAGUAGGUUGUGUUGUCACUGUGAUUGUCUUUUCAGUUGCAGUGUUAAAACAACUUGGGUAGCAAUGUGAAGGGCAUCCUCAUUUAUCCAGUGUUUCAUAUCUCCAUUUUUCUAUGAUACCGUAACAUACCAUGGACCCAUUCUGACCCUGCUCUAUUUCGGAAGUGGCGUCACCGACUAUAACUCUUUCAUUAAUGUGAUACACAGGAAUUCUUGUAUUGAUGGGAUCUUGAAAUCAACAUUAAAUCAAAAUGCCUUUUCUGAACGCGGAUUUGACAAAGGAUGUACAUUCAACAUCACUACCUUGUCCGAGCCUGCUCUUAAAAUAUCUAUUUGAUUCCGAAAACUUAUAAAUUAACAUUUUGCUGGAGAUGUUUCCGGAGAAAUGAAACGUAUGCUCAUGAAGGUCAGGCGCAUAUUGAUGUUCAUGAUGUCAACCAUUGGAUUAUAUAUACAAACCGCCCUCAUAUAUGUAGGUGGAAUAUUGCAGAGUGCGGCAUUGCACAACAAACUAAGACAGGUGGACGGAAAUACUCAUGCUAUAACAUGGUCAGGUUUUAUGAGGGGGGGCAAAAGUGAAUUGAGUUCUAGUGAUAUCACUUCUUGUUUCAGUCAUGAAAAAAAAAUUGGAACACCUUUCUUGUAGAACUAUGUCAGUUGAACCCGUCUCAAAACAAAGAUGGCAGAUGGUCCAGGGUAUUCAUUGCAACAGAAUGGAGAUACAUGUAUUAUAACCACAUAACUGAGGUUGUGUGAAGAACAAGGUCAUAUACAUGUUUUAUUUGACAGUGUUGUACCUGCAUAUAAUGUACAUAAUACUCUGAAAUAUAAUAUAUGUAAUUAUGUGGUUCAUAUUUUAGAACUUUGUUCACGAUCUGAUACACCGGUUACGAGAAUGUUUUUCUUCUGUGUCAGUGCUGAAGGCAAGAAGACCACCUCCGUGGUCUAGUGGUAGAGCGUCAGCCCGGAGAGCGGAAGGCCCCGCGUUCGAUUCCCAGCCACGUCAUACCAAAAGACGUUAAAAGAUGGUACUUGUUGUUACCCUGUCUGGCGCUCGGCAUUAAGGGGCUAAAACAAGGACUGGUCGGCUCGGAGUCAGUAUACUGUGUCUGAGUGGGUUAUUCUUGUGAAACUGUGGCAUGGUAUCUCAGUGGGCUAGCACUUAUAAAUCGGCAUCAGUCCGGACUAGUACACGCAGCCACACACACAUGCAUGCACAUCACUAUUUAUGUACAAUAAUCUUGGACGCAACGUUAAACCCUAUUUCACCUCACCUCACCUAAAGGCAAAACUAAACUUGAACGUACUCAUCACUUGACUAACAAACCCAGAUAUUUUACAUUGGGAUGAGUCUUGCAAGUGAGAGUUAUGCUCCAGCAUUUCUUAACGUACAGGGGCUGUAUUGCGAUAUAUAUUGAAAUCAUGAGUGUCAAUGAAACGGAAUUUACUAUUGUUCUCAACAUUCAUAGCUGAACAGCAACUUAUGUUUGAUGGAUUUUCCCAGGAUAUAUUUUUAAGUGUCUCUUGUUCUUUUUUGUUUGCAAGACAAUUGCACAUCCUUGUUGAACUUUGCAUCAAUAUAAUAGAUUUUAGUUGAAGCAUACUAUUGAUUAUAUACAAACUGGUAAAGAAUUAUGUUUAGAUAGAGAACGAUAGGUGUCGUGUAUCCCAUAAUACAGAGCCAUGGGUAUCGAGUUUCCCAUGAUGCAGAACAACGGGUGACAUGUAUCAUCAGCUGAUCAUGUCAUCACUAUUAUAGUUGCCUGCUGUCAUUAUUGAAGUCUUGUUCUGUUCUGUUCUAAAGCUAUUGCCUGUUCAUCUUCUGAAUUAGCUCCAUCGAAGUCCAAAAUCUCCUGCAUUGCUACAUUCCAUAUUCCCACUUGAUUGUUACUUAUUUCUUUUUUGGUGAUGGGGGGUAAUUUAUUAUGAUACCAUGAACUCAUAUUGGGAUCUCAAUACUAAGUCAGUCAUUAUGUCAGUUUGAUGUGGCCCAACAUGGUGAUGUGAUCUGAGAACAAAAGAUGAGUAAGACAUUUGAACACGUCACUAACCUUUCGUAUGUUAAGUAAUGUUAAUAUAAAUAUGUUGUAUGUAUUCUACAUGUUAUGUAAUCGAAUGUAAACAUUUCCAGAAAUGAAGAGUAUGUUAUAUAGUAUGUAACUGAGCCCAAAAGGGUCUGCAAAGUCCUUUAAAAUUGCAAACACAGGGUAUCUAAAAUGAAUGAGACUGGCAUCUUUGUCAUUUGGCAUCCCAAGCUUUGCAGAACUUGCAACUGGACCACAAUUCAGAGCUAAUCACUUCUUAAAGGGCUUAAAAAUAUGUUGCUGAAACUUUUGCUGAGAAUCUCAUGGUGUUGGUUGAGGUAUAUUUGUCUCAUAUUAGCCUGGUGAUAUGUUGGCCCUUCACUCACAAAAUGCUCGUAUUUAGUGCUAUUUUAUGACUAUGAAGUACAUAGUUUCUGCAGUGUCCUUAUUUGUCUCCAGUGUUAUUUUACAUAUCCAUAUUGCCAUGUUGCACAUGUUAAUCAGAUAUCUUCAUGCUGAAGUAUUUGCAUGUUGCUCAAUAAAUUGUGCUUUGAAAGAA